AUGUUCGGGCUGCGAGGCUUGCGCGCGGCAAUUCGGAGUAAGAAACUCUGCAGGGAUCGUGCGGCAACAUGUCUCUUGGAUGCACUGGCGGCUCAAGAGCCCACAAGCGAGAUCCUCAUCGAGGCAAGCCUCUGCGUGAAUGAUCUGAGCAAAGCGGCUGCAGAUGUGAGCAUCGACAAGUGGGAAGCCAUUGCCCAGCAGUUUGUGCCCAACUUCGUGCUGAUGUCCACCAGGAAUUUGACAUUGUUAGUAAAUGCAUUGUCACAUGCCCGUGUGAAGAAGGAACUCUGGGUUCCCGCUGCACUGACGGCUCUGAAGACCACGCCAAAGCAGGGCUACUCUUCCCAGGAUUUGUGCGUGCUUCUGAGCUCCAUGGUCCGAUUGUCCUGCGAUGAAGAAGCGUUCAUCACGAGGUUACUUUCAGAAGAAUGCCUGCCUCGCGUUCCAGACCUUGCGCCUCGGGGAAUCGCUGCCUUUGCCCAUGCAGUGACCAAAUUGGGGCAAGAAGCCAGGGCAAUGGACCAUGCUGAAGCUCUUGUGCGAGCUUUGCUCCCGAAGCUGGUAACCUUCGUGGAAGACGGAGCCUUGCUUCCACUGGAGAUUGCCCUUGCCAUCGAUGCAGUCUCGCGGUACGGUGAUGGUGCUGAACCUCUUGUCCCGGGUAAGCCACAGCUGCCAAAGUGGGCCGACAGGGCGACUUCGAUUCUGGAAGUUGGUCUCCUUCCAGCAGUUUCGAGCUUAAAGCCCCUUGAGGUGGUGAUGGUGAUUUCCGCGCUGUCCAGGCGUGGCCAUGUUGGCGCCGACCUUGCAGCAGAGCUCUCACGUGCCAUCGCUGUACAUUUCGCAAAGUGGCCACCCGAAGAGUUGUGCAUUGUGGUGCAUUCCGCGGCGCGGCUCGAUUUGCCUGGUUUGGUCGACGGCAGCACGGCACCGAUUUGGUCAAUCCUUCAGCACGUGGAAGAGGGCCCCAUGGGCCACUUGCUGAAAGACUGCUCUUCGGACCACCUUGUGCUCCUGCUGCAUGGACUUGCAAAACUGUCGGUGCAGCCUUCUGCGUGGCUCUGGGAGUGCGUGCUGGGGAGAGUUUCGGGCAACACUGACACCCUGUCGCGUCCGAGUGCUAUCCGCCUCUUUCUAGCUGCUGCAAAAGCGGACUUCCGGCAUGCUGCCAUUCGCCGUGUGGUGCAACGCGAGGUCGUUGCGGGAGACUUUGCGGCUUUGUCGGAAGAUGCUUUUGCUGCAGUUGUCUAUGGGCUGCUGCAUCCCUUCUACUAUCGGAGACAGAUGUUGCAGGAGUUGCUAGCGCACGCCGCCAGAUCGCGUCCUGUGGACACCCAGAGCCUGGCGCUGCAGACCAGGUUGGGGCUCCUGCACUUCUUCUUCAGCACCAAAGGAGUCAUGCCUUCUUUGGCUCAGAUCUACAUGUUGUUGCAGCUUGAGGCGAAAACGAGUGAGAAGCCGGAGUGGUCUCGCGAGUUGCGCUCUCGACCUUCAGCUCUGCAGGCCGAGGUCCACUUCCACGUCAAUGCCAUCGUCGGUAGCUCCGGUGUGAGAGUCUGCUCAGAGGUGCUCCUCUGGCCGUUCUGUCUUGACCUCCUAUGGCAGCGAGUCCUGAAAAAUCGUGAAUCUGCCGGUGCCUGCCCACGAGAACCCUUGCCGUUGCCUAGAUCCCGAAUCGGGUGGCUCUAG